AUGUCAAAACAAGAAGAAAAGGAUUUUAACAAUUUAGCCAGUGUUAAAGAAAAAAUUAAAACUCUUUGUUUUAUUCAACAAGGCUAUACUGGUAAAGUAGUAAUAGAGAACUUUCCUGAUUUAACUCAAUUAAACUUAGACUUUCCAGUUGAAGAGUUAAAAGCAAAGAACCUAAGAACUAUCUCUUAUAGCGAUAAUCCUUUAACUGCCGAGGAAAAAACAAGAUUAGAUGCUUUGGGAUUAGAAGAUACCAUAAAAAGAAGUAGGGUAGAUGGUGAUGCUCAAACUUGGUUAGAUACUAAGUAUCCUCUUGACAAAAGAAGUGAAGUGGAGAAACUAGACUUGAGUAAUUUAGGAUUACAAGGAGAAUUAAACUUAGAAGGAUUCACUAAUUUAAAGAGUUUGGAUUGUAGUGAUAAUGAACUAACUGAUUUGGAUUUGGAUGACAAUAAAGAAUUGCAAGAAGUGCAUGCUAACCAUAAUGAAAUACAAGAAACAGAUUUCAUUGGUCUAAGUAAUUUACAUACUUUAAUGAUAACAUCUAAUGAACUAGAAGAAGUUGAUUUAAGUGACUUAACUAGCUUAAAAAAUUGUGCUGAGAACAGUUUAAAAGAAUUAGAUAUUAGCAACUGUUUAAAAGAAUUAGAUAUUAGCAACUUAAAAAACUUAGAGUUUGUUUCUUAUAUUCUCAAAUUAGGAAAGAAAAAGUUAAAAGGAGUAUCUGAAGAGUUAAAAGAAAAGUUAGUUGAACUAGCAAAACAAAAAAAUGAAGAAAUAAGAAAACAAAAAGAAAAGGAGUUUGUGGAUGAAAUAAGAAAGAAGUUUAAUAUAGAUGAGGAAGGGAAAUCUAACCAAAAAAAAGAGAAAGAAGAAGUUCCUCCCUUAGAAAAAGAUAGUGAUUCUCCAAGAUAA